CUUUGCCUUUUCUACUGAGGCUUUCUAGGAGGAGAAGGUGUUCUGCAGAUCCUAUGGGUGGUGUGCCCAUGGGACAGAGAUCCAGAGAGCCUCACAUCAUUCUCAGUGUGUACAAGACCCCUAGAAAGCAAGGCUGCCUUUCUCAGGGUGAGCUGUGCAGGGCUGACACUCUGCUUUUUAACUUUAAAUCCAUGUGAAGUUGAACUGCUGUGCUUGAUGUGCAGCAGCUGCACAUCUUUCUCUGCAGGAACUGCUGCUCCACUGUCCUGGAUGCUCAGAGCUCUGUAAUUAAAACAGACCGAGGGCUUUCUGAAGGUGAAGUUUUGGAGCACUGCCUGAGAAAUGUGCUGAUCUCACCCGGCUUCUGCAGCUCUGAGAGGAGCAGCUUCAAACAGGAUUUCUGCUUGGGGAAUUUCCAGGUUUACUUCUUUUCAGACCCUUUGUCUCUGGCUAUAAGAAGGUUCCUGUGCCCACUGUGACACUUUGUGCCUCUGCCUGAAUUGCUUGGGCCCCACUGGCUCGUAUUUAGACCAUCUGGGCAAUAGCACAAGGGAUACAGCUUGGAAAAGUGCAGGAGCAUGUGAGGGUGGAUGCUUGUAAAGGAAACACUCAGUGAUCUCAAGCCUUUUGAGGAGUUUACUGCUGCCUUUAUAAUGUCCUUGAUAUUAACUGGGAGCAGUCACUUGAGUUUGUCUCCCUGCAGAGGGGAAACCUGAACUCCUGUGUUUAGCAGUUGUGCCUUUUCAAGUGUUUUCUCCCAAAGUACCAAUAUGGCACUAAUGUCUGGAUGCACAGCUGGACACACACAGCCAGAUGUUAAGCAUUCAGCUGAGGGGCUGCAAGCCUGGGACUCUCAUCCCAAAUGUGCAGUGUCAUGGCACAUGUGAUGCAUUCCCUGAAUACAGGGGGAAGCAUCCAGUUGCAAAUACUGUCUUUGCUAAGGAUCUGGUUGGUGCCCUGCAAAAUGUGAGGCUGCAGAGGUUGUGACAUUUGAGCAGGCAAGGGAACAUUGCUGAGAAGGAGAAAGAGGGAUGGUGGGUCAUUUGAUAGUUCCUGUGUAGCAUCCUUGUUUCAGUCAUUUUCUCCAAACAAUUUGGGACUCCUGACAGAGAGGUGGAUACAUGGCAAGCUUGAGAACUGACAGACCACAAAAUGUUCCUUGGAGCUUUAAAGCCUUCCUGAGAACUUCAGGUUUUAUGUUAAGAUCGUAUCUCUUAUCUUUAUAAAUCUGGAAAUUGGUAAACUUUGGGUAGUAGAUGGGAAAGAAAUCCUUAAUUUCCCUGCUAAGGUUUGUUAGAGGAGACUGCAAUAGUUUGCUGGGACAUCUCUGUACAACAGAAUUGCUUUGCUUGGCUUGCUGAGGAGUCACAUCAUGGGAUGGGAAUGGGAACAUGUGGCCUGUGCUAUCCUAAAUGUGCCUGAAACAGUCUCAAGGACUAAUUCACCCAGGGAACGGGCUCCAAAUCUUUUGGGUUCGUCUUAAGGCAGAGUCUGAGGCAAAGUUUUAUUUAGCAGCAUGUUGUCAUCUCUAUUGCCAAAGUUCCUGCUUAAAGAGUAGCUGGUCUUAGUGAGGGUGUCUUGCUGCUGCUACUCCAGUGUUUUCUUGGACAAUUGGAAUUCCAGGUCAGAGAGCCCAGGAGCAGAAGGCUGAUGAGAUACCUACAGGAGGCCAAAGUCUCUUGUGUAGCAGCAGGUGACUCCUAGGAAGCCAAAGGUGAGGUGUGUGACAUGGAGGGGAGCAGCUUUCCCUUGUCCUGCUUUAAACUCAACUCACAUUACUGCAGGUUUUACUGCAUUUGCUGUGAGAUUUUUCAGUCGCUGCUUUAAUAGUUACAGAGCAGUCUGGCUUAGCUCUGCUUUAAAUUCUAGGUGUGGUUUGUUAAAGAGUUGACUCCUGCAAAAUCAGUUGGUUCGUUUCCAGGGUUCCCAGGGUACUUUAAAGUGCCUGAUUUCCAAACACGGACCUGGUGGAGCACAGUUCAUCUGUAUCUCCUGGUUUUUCCUCCCUGUUGCCUGUGCCUUGUGCAUGACAGCUUAAGCUGCCCUGCUCCAAGGGCAGCCUGUGCUGCUGGGUUGUUCUGUCACGGUCCUGGAAGAGGAUGGAUAUUUAGGCACUGAUGGAUGCUGUGCUGUGAAGGGAGCCAGUAAAAGGGACAAGGUUUGCCUGUCACCUGUGUACAGGUACGUCCGCACAGCUCUGCGUUCUUCACGUUGUGGGUGACACCUGUAAAGGCUUCUGCUGGGUUUGUUGCCUCUUGAGGAGGGACUAAGCAAGGUUUAGUUCCCAUCUUAAGGUGAUCUGUGUUUUGUGUGUCCUUCCUUCCAAAUUUAUAUUCUCUGAAAGAGGAUUUUUACCACUUUGCUCGCUGGAAAAGAGAACCUCAACAUCAUUGCUGAUGGCACGCAGGAUGGUGCCUGUUCUGGAAAAUGGUGUAGCUGCCAGCUGAAGUUUUAGAUGUUUUCUGCCCCAGGCAGAACCUGGAGCUGGCCUAGCCUGGAAAUCCCUCUGCUUUUGUGCCUGUGGAGCAGCCAGGAGCGAGUCAGGGCUGGAUCACCCCUGUGCCUCCCAGAGCCUGUGGGUGCAGCGCAGCCCAGAGGCUCUGGAAAUGUGACUUACGGGGACACAGCAGCUCUGGUUCUGUAGCUUUGCCUGGUUUUUAAAACACAAGGAAAAGCUAUGAAAGGUCUGUAAUUUCUCUUUUCUCUUUCCAGCUACCCUUACCUACGACACCCUCAGGUUUGAGUAUGAAGACUUCCCUGAGACCAAAGAACCCGUCUGGAUCCUCGGUCGGAAAUACAGUGUUUUCACAGAGAAGGACGAGAUCCUGUUGGAUGUGACCUCUCGCCUUUGGUUCACCUACAGAAAGAACUUCCCUGCUAUUGGAGGCACCGGUCCCACGUCGGACACCGGCUGGGGCUGUAUGCUGCGCUGUGGCCAGAUGAUCUUUGCUCAGGCCUUGGUCUGCAGGCAUCUGGGAAGAGACUGGAGGUGGAUAAAAGGGAAGAGGCAGAUGGAUAAUUACUUCAACGUUCUUAAUGCCUUCAUUGACAAAAAAGACAGCUACUACUCCAUUCACCAGAUAGCCCAGAUGGGAGUUGGAGAGGGAAAAUCCAUAGGCCAGUGGUACGGACCAAACACAGUCGCGCAGGUGCUCAAAAAACUCGCAACUUUUGAUACGUGGAGUUCCCUGGCAGUACAUAUAGCCAUGGACAACACAGUAGUGAUGGAAGAAAUCCGGCGGCUGUGCCAGUCCAACUCGCCGUGUGCUGGAGCUGCAGCAUGUCCUGCCCUGGAGUCAGAUGUGCUCUAUAACGGGUACCCAGAGGAACCAGGGGUUAGAGACAGGCUUGUGCUGUGGAAACCACUGGUGCUGCUGAUACCUCUCCGCCUCGGGCUCACAGAGAUCAAUGAAGCCUAUAUUGAAACACUAAAGCACUGCUUCAUGAUGCCCCAGUCCCUGGGAGUGAUCGGAGGGAAGCCAAACAGUGCUCACUACUUCAUUGGCUAUGUAGGCGAGGAGCUCAUUUACCUGGAUCCCCACACCACGCAGCCGGCGGUGGAGCCCGGUGACAGCGGCUGCCUCCCCGACGAGAGCUUCCACUGCCAGCACCCUCCGUGCAGGAUGAGCAUCGCCGAGCUCGACCCCUCCAUCGCCGUGGGCUUUUUCUGCAACACAGAGGCAGACUUUAAUGACUGGUGCCAGCAAAUCAAAAAGCUGGCCCUGGUCAGAGGAGCACUGCCCAUGUUCGAGCUGGUGGAACGCCAGCCCUCGCACUUCUCCAACCCCGACGUCCUGAAUCUCACACCAGACUCCUCCGAUGCCGACAGAUUGGAAAGGUUCUUUGACUCAGAAGAUGAAGACUUUGAAAUCCUGUCCCUUUGAAAACAAAUAGGAAACUGACUCUGCAAAUUUGUGUAUGUGUGGGGAGAAGGGGGGAGGGAAGCUCCUUCGAGAGCCUGGGGCUACCGGUUUUCAAUAGGCGCUUGCUGCCAUCCCCGCCUCUUGUCCAUCCCGGCAUUCCGUGCAGCCUCGGAGCAGAGCGCGCAGUGUCUGCGGUGGGAUGAAGAACCAAGUGGGUGUUACAGCCUUACUGGCUGCAGUCAGAAUUUCUCAGCAGCAAACAGUUGCUGGAAGUGGAUGCAGUGGUGCUUAGGAGUUCAAAGCCUAUCUGUUACAUCAGCAGGUCAGCUGGGCCUUCCGGGGGAGGCACGGGAAUCAUUAGAGCGCCGGAUCCUUCCGUGGGGAUUCCCCGCUGAAGCUUAAGUAGAGCCCACCCAUCAUUUUGCAGGAGAAAUGUCCAGUUAAUGCCUUUAGCAGCUUCUCUUCUCACUGGCCAACCUGGACUGCAGCUCACAAUGCCAAGCAACAGCAGCCACGUCCCACAGACAGCUGUGAAGCCUCCGGAGUGCAGAUCCCUAUGGUACAACUCCUGUUCAUGCUCUGCAGGACACAGCACUUCCUCUCCUGCUCACACCCUAUGGAAAGGGCAUUGAGGGAACUUCCAAGUGACUGGGAAUUCAACAAGCGAACGGCUGCCUGGGGAAGUGUGGAACAGAGCUGUGCUGCUGAGGAGGAGCAUCUCAAUCCCAGUUUAAGUAACAGCAGAGAGAAUGGAAGAAUAGAAAAUAUGCGUGUUGCUCAGUGAGUCAAUCCAUGUGCUUCUACAAUGAAAUAAUCUCUACAGUGAGUACCUUCAGGAAAGCUGCUUCAAGCAGAGAACUGGAUUCCAUAGGCCUGGAAAGAGACCCAGCUGGGAGAGGUGAAACAGGACAGCAGAGAUCUGCCGGGCUCUUGCCUGUGCCCUCGUGCGCUGGCACAGCGUCUGUGGAGUUAAUCCUGUCGUACCAAAAAUGUGAGCUGUGAAACUCCUCAAGGUGCCCUCGGUGCACUGAUCAGCAGUUCCUCCAGCUACUCCUGUCAGACAUUCCAUUUCCAAAGCAGAAGAGGCACCUGAAGGUCGGUAGGACUCCGAGCUGUUGGUACCUUGACUCUGCCUGCCCCCCUCCCUGCAGAGUGUGUACAGAGGUACUGUAGGAGCCAGCCUGGAGAAACCCCUGUCAGGUAAUCAUCCCAAACAGGCAGAAUGCCUUGAGAAGGUCCAGUUAUACUGGCAAUUUUAGCUGCUUUAAGGUGGUAGCUCUGCCUGGGGCUCUUCUCUACAGAGAGAAAGGUGGAGCAGAGCUGUCUCUGUGCAAGCUGCAAGGGAAGUUGCUGCCGUAGUUCCUUGGUGCAUGCUGCACACUGCAACCCCGUUCACAAGGCUCUGGUUUGUGCAUUCAGGUUUGGAACCUGUAAGAUGAUGGUGUUGUGACCAAGGGUGGUGCCACCUGGGUAGAAAUGACCUGUUUCCCCUGUGACUGACCUACUGAUGCUCUGUCCCUGUGCUAUCCGAAAGCAGAGGUUUGAACUGGGAACCACAAUGCUUCUGUCACUAAAUUAUUAUUUGCUGCUUUCUGCCUGCUUCUCCUCUUCUCUCAUGUAGUCAGGGGAAGAGGCAGCAGAGGAAGUGGGGCUGUGCUCCAUUCAUCUGCUUUCAAUUUCUAUCUGAAUAAACAGAUCUAAAAUCUUU